AUUAAUUUCUAUAGAACGUAUUUUCAACGUGACAAAUCUCAUGUCAUUUAUUUAAGGUUAAUCGAAAGAGAAUAUGGCAUCUUAGAGAAUUUUUAUAAAAUAAAUUCGACUUCUAGUCAAUUUUAUGAGUAACAAUGGAGCGAAGGAGUUCUCUGCGUUCCUUGUGGCUAGCCCUGGAUGAUGCAAAAAGGACUCAGGAACGGCAUUCCGUGGUUGGGAGACUGAGAGGAAAACAUCUUUUUCGAGCUUCAGUACGACUUGUGCUAGUGUACAGAAAUUGGAUAAACGAAAACGUUUCACUUAGCGAAAUAGAAAUUGAUUUGGGUAAAACAGCGAGAAUGAAUUCUCAAAGAAAAAAAGAACUCACAUUGCAGGAUCGGUCUAUUCUUUUAAUAGCCCCAUCUGAAAGGUCAAAAGAAAAUAGAGCAUAUAUCUGGCAACUUAUCAAAAAUCUAAAAGCUUUUCAAAAAUAUGAGGAGGAUAUGAGGGAAUCAUUGGCAUAUGUGUGUCGAUAUCAGUACGUGCCUGAAGGGCGGGUAAUUGUUCGACAGGGGCAUGAAGCCAAAGCCCUUUACUUUAUAGUGAAGGGGGAAGUUGCUUUAUCAAAAAUCGAAAUCGAUGAAGUCACUGGUGAUGCGUCGGAAAAUAACGUGGGUAAGUUGGAGGCGGGGGACAUUUUUGGAGAAAUUGCACUCAUGCAUAGAGUACCGAGAUCAAUGACAAUUUUCAGUAAAACCACCGUCGAUUUACUUUUCAUCACAAGAGAGAAUUUUGACAAAAUCCUAAAAGCUACUCUUUUGGAAGAAUGGGACAUACUUCGAGAUGCCAUGGUAAAUUUUAACUACUUCAAAGGUUGGGAUGAAAGUAUGAUUAGAGAGUGUUGCAUACUUAGUAAAGUGAAAAAUUAUAAACCCAGCGAGGUAUUAAUUGGGGAUGGGAAAGGAAUGGCGAAUUACGCUUAUUUUAUUCUUUGCGGUGAAUGUAAAUUAAUUGAGCAUAUAACUGUUCAAGAAAUAAAAUUCAAAGAAGAAAUUCGAUAUAAAAAGUAUACUCCAAAGUUAAAAGAUUCAGUUUCGCGCGAAAAAUGUAAAAACCCAGGAAGAAAACAUGAAGCUUUCAAGGAAGACAGGAAAUCUGUUGAUAAAGAAUGGAUGGAACACGCGAUGGAAAAUUUGGAUUUCGGUACACAGAAAACCGUUGCUGAUGUUACGGAUGAAUUAUUUAAAAGAAAACAAGGAUCGAGUGUCAAUCCAGAACGGAUAAGCAUCGUUACUGCAACACUUCAAGAUGUUGUGACUCAGUGGCACGGAAUCUCUGAAAUUGCAGCUAUGCUUAUGAAGAAACCUUCCACUAUAUCACAACAACAAUAUCCCAAAGAUGUUCGGACAAUAUUCAUGCAAAUUUGCAUAUUUUAUAGAGGAGCUUGCUUUGCUUUAGGCGAAAAAAUGAAAAAUAGACGAAUAGUUUCAAUAUCGCAAGUGCGGUGUUUGUUGAUUCCUCGUUAUUGGCUGUUGAACAAAAAUCGUGCCAGCAUUUGGGAACGUGUUCGGUUAUUUAUCGAUUCAAAAUAUCCCAUGGGUGAUGAGUUAUUUCAGAAGUUCGUUAAAAACAGAAGGUGGGAAAAAUUUAAAAGGGAUUUUGUUGAAGACAUAAUUGCAAAGAAAGAUCUUUUGGUAUACAAUGAUACGAAUAAAAGCGAUGUACCAUAUUCGAUAAGGAUCAACAAAGUAUAAAAGUUUAAGAAGAAAAUAUAAACUCUAAAAAGGGAAAUCACUAAUAAAGUAUUAAAGGUCUUAAAACCAAGUAAAAAAUUCAAAAAAGCACUAUUUUGCUAUUAUUAUUAUUAUUAUUAUU